ACAACUUUUCAGUACGGACGCUCGGGCAGUUUCGCUUCCAUGUGAAAGAACGCGUAACUUUCACCAGUGCGCGCUGGACCAUGUGCGUUUAUACAGUUUGUGUUCGCGUUCAUAAUUGAAUCUGUGUGCAAGAUGUGGUGGUCUCUCAGAGAACCGGAUUGGAUGCGGUGGGCCGUGUGGUGGGGUACAGCGCGUUCCUACGUUAUUUGUAACCCAGCAACUGUCCCAGUGAAUGACCAGUUGAACAAAUCCUAUUAAUGGCACCAUUAUUGAAUCUGAGCAACUCGGUGGACACCACACUCUGCAAUAGCCCUGAAGUCAAAGUAUGGAUUGUGACACGCAGAAGUUCUCUGUGCGCAAGCGCGCCAGCACGUCUCCUCCCUCUACCUGAGAGGAGCGCACCUGGAUCCAACGAGACGGAAGUUCUGUGAAAGCAAAGAGCAACUCUUUUUGUCUGCGCGAAAAAGUUUCUGUGGAGUUCAAGCAGCCGACAGAAGAUCUACAGUCGAAGCAGGAUGUCAUUGGUUGAAAUUUUCAAGAACAAUUUAAAGGUCUUUUCGAACCGAAGUCUGUAGUUGAGCGACUGAAUGCUGAAUGUCAGCCUGAUCGCAGCCUGCUCUCCAUUGAAGAAGAAUGAAAGCUCUCCGUAGAGUGCUCCGAAGGCGAUUGCACCCAGUUAAACUGGCGAUAGUGGCCCUUGUCUUUGUCACAUUCGUGUUCCUCAUACAAUGGGAAGUUGGGAGCCCAAGCCAACAGGAGGACCCGUGGCUGAAGGAGAUGGCAGUGAAGCGGGAUGCCAUGCUGGGCAUGGUGAUUGGAGCUGUCAAUAACUUCAGGGAUGUGAUUCCAAAGAUGCAGAUCAGAGCCCCAGUACGUCAGCCGGACAGAGCAGACGGUGUGUCUUGUCUGCCAGGUCACUACACUGCCGCUGAGCUCAGGCCAGCUCUGGAGCGGCCACCUCAGAACCCUAGUGCUCCUGGAGCAGCUGGGAAACCUUUCCACGCAGACUCACUGAACCUUGAGGAGCAGAAGGAGAAGGAGAGGGGUGAAGAGAAACACUGCUUUAACCUGUAUGUCAGUGACCGCAUAUCGUUGAGCAGAGACCUCGGCGCAGACACGAGACCACCAGAAUGUAUUGAGCAAACCUUCAAGCGAUGCCCCGCCCUGCCGACCACCAGUGUUAUAAUUGUGUUUCACAAUGAGGGUUGGAGCACCCUGCUAAGGACGGUAUACAGUGUCCUCCACACCUCCCCUACUAUUCUCCUCAAGGAGAUCAUCCUGGUGGACGACGCCAGUGUUGAUGAUACGUUGAAGGACGGGCUGGAUGAGUAUUUGAAGCGGCUGAGCAUCGUUCGAGUUGUCCGCCAGCGAGAGAGAAAAGGACUCAUCACCGCUCGGUUGCUGGGUGCCUCCGCGGCCACCGGUGACACUCUCACCUUUCUGGACGCCCACUGUGAAUGCUUUAAUGGAUGGCUGGAGCCCCUUCUGGCCAGGAUAGCAGAGAACUACACUGCAGUAGUGAGUCCUGAUAUAACCACUAUUGAUCUCAAUACCUUUGAGUUCAUAAAACCGUCCCCACAUGGCCAGAACCACAACCGGGGAAACUUUGACUGGGGCUUGGCCUUCGGCUGGGAGAGCCUACCAGAUCACGAGAAACAAAGGAGGAAGGAUGAAACAUACCCCAUCAAGACUCCCACAUUUGCUGGUGGCCUCUUCUCCAUCUCAAAAGAAUAUUUCUACCAUAUUGGAAGCUAUGAUGAAGAAAUGGAAAUCUGGGGUGGUGAGAAUAUUGAAAUGUCAUUUAGGGUGUGGCAGUGUGGCGGACAGCUGGAGAUCAUCCCUUGCUCUAUUGUUGGUCAUGUUUUCCGCACAAAGAGCCCCCACACCUUUCCCAAGGGCACACAAGUAAUUGCUCGUAACCAGGUUCGACUGGCUGAGGUCUGGAUGGACGACUACAAGGAGAUCUUUUACCGUCGUAACCAGCAAGCUGCACAGAUAGCAAAGGAUAGGGCCUUUGGAGGGAUCUCCAAACGCGUGGACCUCCGUGCGCGGCUGCAGUGCAAGAGCUUCUCGUGGUAUUUGAAGAACGUUUAUCCAGAAGCCUUCAUGCCUGAUCUCAACCCACUCCGCUUUGGCUCAGUGAAAAAUGUCGGCAAAGACUCAUGUCUGGAUGUUGGAGAGAACAAUGAGGGUGGGAAACAGCUGAUCCUUUAUCCAUGUCACGGACUCGGAGGAAAUCAGUAUUUUGAGUUCUCCACACAUCACGAGGUUAGACACAACAUUCAGAAGGAGCUGUGUUUGCACGGGGCAAAGGGGACUGUGAAGCUGGAGGACUGCCAGUAUAAAGGCAGGAGCACAUCUGUAGGAGCAGAGCAAAAAUGGGAACUGAAGAACCAGUUAUUCUACAUGCCAGGAUGGAACAUGUGUCUGAGUGCCCGUCAUGUGCACCCCUCUCUGGCCCUCUGCAACUCCUCAGACAGAUACCAGCUCUGGUCCUUCGUCUGAGUGUGCAAACUACCACUUUGCAAAAUAGCCAGUCUAUGCAUAGACCUAGUAGGACACAAGUAUACUACACUGUAUGCAGUUAACAUACAGUGUUAGAUUAAUGACAGUUAGUUUUAAUUUAUUUUUAUACAUAGAAGAACUGAACUGCUGCUGCUGCUGGGAAAUUUGGACUUUGGGAGAAACCACAGUGUGCCACUGCUGGAAGGAAGCAUUGAACUAAUGCUCCCAAUCAGACUGAACUGAGAUUUUUUGGAACAAGUGCCUCUUUUGUGUUUGAGAUGUAUUCACUACUCCAAGUCUUCGCAAACAACACAUGCAGUAUUGGGUAUAUACAUUUUUUUGCAUUGAAUUUAAAACAAAAUUAUACAAACAAAAUACUGUAGAUGAAAUAUAUAUAUAAAACAAGGGGUUGGACAGACAAAAAUCCAAAAUGUUAUGCACCAAAGAGACUGGAAAUGAAAUAUGGGGUGCAUUGUCCCCUUUUUUAAAAUGACUUUUAAAUAAUGCAAAACCUCUUAUUUGCUAUCAUCCAGUGCCUUAAAUGUAGUUUUAUACUGGGUGGGUGGAGUGGAGGGAGGGGCGGUGGUGUGGGAGGAUUGCUGCAGUUUUCUGUUGAUGCAGAAUAGAAGUUUCUACAGUCUUGUGAUCGAAAGAGUCUUCAAAUCAGGAUUGGAGUCAAUACACUAUGAUUAGAUUUGCUGAGAUUAGGAAACUUUUGCAGGAGAAAGAUAUGUCUAUACACUUGUUGCCAGUUUGUUAGGUCCACUUAGCUACAACUAAUGCAGUCUAAUACAUAGACAUGAAAAAUGAUCAUUUGAAUACCAGUUUGGACUUUCAUUAUGAAAGAGAGUGAGCUGGCCCUUAAACACAAAUUACAUACAAAUAGUUUGUACUUCAGGUGUUUUUUUUUUUCAAGUGAUCAUUACAUAAGAGAAAUGUAGGUUAUUGUUGAUGAUUGAAAUGCAUUUUUAUUUGACCUACAGUCAGUGCGUUACUAACAACAUACAUGUCAAACGUCAUGACUGAUUUUUAAUAUGAAUCGUUCUCUUUUAAAUAGCGGCAUUGUUAAUCUGUAUUAUUUCAAAUUUUAUUCUCUGAUGUUUAUCAAAGGGGAACUUUUAAUGUGAAAUGAAUGCACCGAAGGAAUUCUAUUUGUUGAUCAAAGGUCAAACUGAAACGCUCCCUCUACAUCUAAACUGUAGUCCACUAAUGAAUCUCUGGUGCAGGCACUAGUGUUUACAUGGCUGGGGAUCAGUGUAAAUACCUUUUUAAAGCUUGAGACUGGGUGAGAAACGGAUAAAAUGUGUGUAUGCUUAAAAUGGAAAGUGUCUGUUUUUGUCUUGAUAUUAAGAGGUCUUAUUUUUAGGUCAAUAAAUUAAGUUGAGUAGUA